AUGUUCGACAUAACUACAGGGCCAAAGAAGGAACCCAAACAGAUCCGACUAGUCAAAAACACUGACUGGGACAGAUUUGAUGAGAUCCUAUCGAAUAACCCCAACCUUAACAACACACAAAUCAACACUACGACCGAAAUUGAUCACAAUAUAGACAUCAUCAAUACUGCACUUAAGGAAGCCUUCGAGGAGGCAUGCCCCAUUACUUACAUCUCAAGUUCCGUCCGCAAACCCCCCUGGCUAACUCGAGAAGUAGAGGAAGCACAGAGGGGAAUAAGACAAAAACUGAUUACAGCCCGAAAAAAGAAAACUGAUGCCCUGUGGCUCGCUCUUAGAGAGAGCAACAAACAAUACAACAGACUUAUAUCCAACUCCCAGCGUAAUGCCUGGAGAACUUUUUGUCAGGAAACAGAGUCUGUUAAGGAAUCCGGAAGGAUGAACAAGAUUCUGAAAUCCUGCAACGACAACAAGCACACACUAGAAGCCGUUUACAAACCAAACGGAGACAUCACCAAAAAUGCAGAGGAGACACUGGAGGUCAUGACACAAACCCACUUCAAGGAUAGUGUCACUGACCCGCCAGUGCCUCCACCUGGACCUCUACCAAUCACCACCACCUUACUCAAUACCAUCUACAGCCCAGACAGAAUCGAGGAGGCUCUUAAAUCCUUUGAUCCGUUAAAAGCUGCUGGACCCGACACCCUCAAACCUAUCAUCAUACAGAAAGCUUGGACACACAUCAAAGACAUCACCAGAACCAUUAUGACAAAAAAUCAUGAAACCCACACAUUCCAACUUUGUGGAAAGAAUCCCUUGGAAUCUUUCUCCCAAAGCCUGGAAAAACUGACUACAACCAACCAAAAUCAUUUCGCACUAUCACCCUUUCUCCUGUGA